UUGGUGUGAACCAUGAUCUGAUAUAAGAUAAGUCCAUGAUGCAAUGGAAAAUUUCUCAAAACAAGUUCUCAUAACACAAUUGUCAACACUGUCAAUAAAUGUGGUUAAGAGGGUUAAGAUAAUACAUAAAUAAAUGUAGUGCAAUAUGUUAUGGAAAAACUAUAAAUUAUUUUUGAAAAUCGAAUUUGGAGAAUCGAAAAAAAUAUUUCAAAUCUUGCGCCAUGUAUCCUAUGUACAAGGACAACAACCAGCACCCAAUCUAAGAGAAUAUUUCUAUUACAUUGAUCAUCAGGGAAUGUUAUUUCUUGAUGAUUCCAAAAUGAAAAAUUUCACAUCGUGCUUCAAAGAUAAAGAUUUCUUAGUAUUUUUCUUCAAACGACUUAGAAAAAAUACCACAGACCGAUACAAAGAAUUUCCAUACCUUUCUCUUUGUGGCCGAGAAAAAAAUUAUGUCAGAUGUGAUGAUCUUCCAAUUGUAUACACUCAUGUCUUGCCGAUAGAGAAUCAAGAAAAGCAAUAUCUAUUAUCUUAUGCUCAUGCUGGACCUUUAUUAACUGAGAAAUUUGAACCAAAUAAAAUAUACAUGUGUCCAAAAUCUGGACGUGUUUAUCAUCCAGCCCAUGAGAAAGUAGGAUCUAUUGGACUGAUACGAUCUAAAUUAGCAAUAGAAUUUAGUAAAUACUUUGAAUUUAAAAAUGGUGAAGAGAAUCCUCCAACACAUUUUACUUGGGAUGGUAAAAGAUAUGAAUUAGAUUUAUCAUGGUAUAAAGCUAUAAUGGAGAAAUCAUAA